UCAUCAAGAAAUUGAUUCUCUCCCUCUCUCUCUCCUCUCUAACCAUCAUUUCAAAAUCCUCCACUCCUCUCUCUCUCUCUCUCUCUCUCUCUCUCUCCAACAAUGGAGAGCUUCACCCUCCACUCUCCGUCCUCCACCACCACCCCCUUCUCUCACUCCUCCCGCCUCUCCUCCCACCUCCGCUUCCGCCCUCUCUCUCUCUCCAAAUUCCCCCCUCAGUCCCUCCUCCGCUCUCCCCCCCUCUCUCUCUCCUCCUCCUCCUCCCGCCUCUCUCUCCUCUCCCCCAACCCCCACCACAAAAUAAAACCCAUCCAAGCCGCCUCCUCCUCCUCCUCCUCACCUCCCCCCCCUGCACCCCCCACCACCCAAUCCAACCUUCAACCACAAGGCGCCAAAAUCCUCCCCCUCAUCCUCUCUCUCUCCGUCGGCCUAAUCCUCCGCUUCCUAAUCCCCAAACCCCCCGAACUCUCCCCCCAAGCCUGGCAACUCCUCGCCAUCUUCCUCUCCACCGUCGCCGGACUCGUCUUUAGCCCACUACCCGUCGGGGCCUGGGCCUUCCUGGGCCUCACCGCCUCAAUCCUCACCAGAACCCUAACUUUCACAGCCGCGUUCAGCGCCUUCACGAAUGAGGUGAUUUGGCUGAUCGUGAUCUCCUUCUUUUUUGCUAGAGGGUUUGUGAAGACGGGCCUGGGGGACAGGAUCGCGACGUACUUUGUCAAGUGGCUGGGGAAGAGCACGCUGGGGUUGUCGUACGGGUUGACGCUGAGCGAGGCGUUGAUUGCCCCGGCCAUGCCCAGCACGACGGCGAGGGCCGGCGGGGUUUUCUUGCCGAUUAUUAAGUCGUUGUCGCUGUCGGCAGGGAGCAAGCCCGGGGAUCCGUCGGCGAAGAAGUUGGGAUCUUAUUUGGUUCUCUCUCAGUUUCAGUCUGCUGGUAACUCUAGUGCUCUUUUCCUAACUGGUGCAGCUCAAAACCUGCUGUGCCUUAAACUAGCCGAGGAACUUGGGGUGGUAAUUGUAAGCCCAUGGGUCUCUUGGUUCGUGGCUGCUAGUUUGCCUGCAAUCGUUUCUCUCCUUGCUACUCCUUUUGUCUUAUACAAACUUUAUCCUCCCGAAACGAAAGACACACCAGAUGCCCCUGCCCAUGCUGCACGAAAGCUGGAGCUUAUGGGUCCAAUCACAAGAAAUGAAUGGGCGAUGGUUGGUACCAUGCUUCUUGCAGUCUCCUUGUGGGUCUUUGGAGACGCUCUUGGUAUAGCAAGUGUUGUUGCUGCUAUGCUUGGCUUAUCGAUACUCUUAUUGCUGGGGGUUCUUGAUUGGGACGACUGCCUGAGUGAAAAAUCAGCAUGGGAUACCUUGGCUUGGUUCUCAGUUCUAGUGGGAAUGGCAGGCCAAUUGACUAACCUUGGCAUUGUGUCUUGGAUGUCUGAUUGUGUAGCCAAAUCCCUUCACUCUCUCUCUUUGAGCUGGCCUGCUGCAUUUGUUGUCCUUCAGGCUGCGUACUUCCUCAUCCACUACAUGUUUGCAAGUCAAACGGGCCAUGUGGGUGCUUUAUACUCUGCGUUUCUUGCUAUGCACUUGGCAUCUGGGGCUCCUGGUGUGCUGGCGGCACUUGCUUUAGCUUACAAUACAAAUCUAUUUGGUGCUCUAACACAUUAUAGCAGCGGUCAGGCUGCUGUAUACUAUGGAGCUGGUUACAUAGAUCUUCCUGAUCUGUUCAGAAUGGGAUUCGUAAUGGCCCUUGUAAAUGCCAUAAUCUGGGGAACUGUGGGGACUUUCUGGUGGAAGUUUUUAGGUUUAUAUUGAUUUCUAUUUUUCAUGUAAAAUUUCCAACAGUUUUUAAUACCUUUAUGUUUAGGGCAUUUUUGUGCAAAGCAUCAUUUUGCUUCCGAAAGAAAAUUACCAACAUCAUUUGGGCUUGAACUGACAGUCUCAGCUCAUAUUCAGCAAUAUUGUAGUUCAAUAAUGUUCACUGAAAUUUGAAAGAUAUGUUUACUGUUUUGUCGCCAA